UGGUUUAUAUUUAUUUACAUUAAAAGGAAAUGACAAUAGCCACAACUUCUCCUAGUUGUCACUAGAAUAAGCAAUAGUAGAAAUAAUAUAUAAAAAUAUCUUACAUCAAAUCUUCAAAAUCCCACCACGAACUUAGCCAGGCAAUUUAUUUACAUAAACAAACUUCAACUUGCCAAAACCAUACUUUUUCCACCUUAAAAAAGCCUUCUAUAAAUACAGAGAAAUCAUUGCUAUUCCUUGUUUGGAGAAAUUAAAUUGUUAAAAAAAAAAAUGAGGGUGAAGAGAAAAUGACUCUUCUUUGCCAUAUUUGUCAAUCUCCUACACUAUGGUCGGGGUCCGGCCCCAAGUUUGGACCUACUAUCUCCGUUUGUCCAACAUGUCUCGGUGCGAAAAAUGAUGCACGGCACCAUAAUAAUAAUGCUAGAGAUAUAAACAUGGGUGACGGCCGUGUAGUGGCCGAUGAGGAUCUUGAUGAGGACGAUAAUGAUGAUGAUGAAGAGGAGGACGACAACGAUGAUGAUGACGACGACGAUGGGGAUGACGGGUUUGAAGAUGGUGAUCAUAGUGAUAACGAUGGUGAUGAACAUGAAGAUGAUGAAGAAAAUCAAGUUGUUCCAUGGUCAUAUUCAGUGUCACAUCCGCGGUAAAAUGAAAAAUAAAAGUGUAUAGAGUUGAGUUAGGUGAGAAUUAUAUAUGUAAUGUGUUAUUUUCUUGUCUACAAUAAUCUACUUACUUUCACUAUUGGUCAAUAUAGUUGAAUAUCCCUCUUUUGUAAUGUUCUUGUUUUAAUUUC